UUAACAAUACUUUUAACUAAAUACAAAUGAUUGGAUUAUAUGUUAUGAGUUUAUGUUUCCUUUAAAAUAUGUCAACCUUUUAACUGUUUCUUAGCAUGGCCGGAGUAGAGAACAAUGUUGUGGUUAUAUCGGAUUCUGAAGAGUCUUUGGCUGAUUCAGAAGAGUUUGAUGAUGAUGACGAUGAAACUGGUCCGCUGAUAUUCAUUGUCCCAUACACCAAACGGUUUCGCAUACCAGUUGAGGUAGCACGGAUAACAGGAGUUGACGAAACAUUGAAAGUUAAGAUCGUCAACAGGGAGAAUGUCGAGACAAAACAUGAUGUUAGGGCGGAGCCAAAUAAAAACAGUAUAAAGUACGUUGUCAAAGGAUGGGCGAAAUGGCUUAAGGAUAACAACAUAAAAGAUGGUGAUCAUUGCAAGUUCCAGUACUUUCCACAUAUUGGUGUUUUGUUCCUUGCCAAUGUUUUCGGCUAGUGGUAAUGUCUGAAAGUUGGAACGACUGUAGAAGAAUAACAUAUUGUUCUUUUGGCUAAUGAAGUAAGAUAGCGUAAGUUAUGUGGUGUUAAAAGUUGUAAAGUUUUUGUUAACAUGUGUGAUCUUUAUGUAUGUGUUAAAAGUAAGGUAGCGUAAGUUACGAUCUUUAUGUAGUUUGGACAGCUACUAUGUAACCGUAUUUAUAUAUAUAUAUAUAUCAUGUGUUGUACUUUUA